CAACUUUCCAACAGAAUCGAUCAAGAUCAAGAAUGAAGCAGUCAAAGGAUCCAUUUGAAGCAGCAUUCGAAGAAUCACCACCAGAUUCCCCAACCGAAACCGAACCAGAACCCGUAAACCCAAAUUCCAAUUCCUUGAUUUCACAACCCUCACAAAUCCAUGAACAACAACACCUUCACGUGAAAAACACUAUCUCCAAUGACACCAAGAAUAAUAGUAAUAAUAAAGAUGAUGAAGAAGAUGAAGAAGAAGACGAAGAUAACAUGGAUGUUGAACUCGCUAAGUUUCGUGCUGUUGGUGAUCCUCACAAAAUGGCCAAGAUGCAUUCUAUUUUGUCACAAUUCACUGAUGAGCAAAUGAGUAGAUAUGAGUCAUUUCGUAGGGCUGGAUUCCAGAAAGCUAAAAUGACAAGGGUAUUAGCAAGCAUCAUUGGGACCCAGACAGUCUCUCAGCCAAUUACGAUUGUAGUAUCAGGGAUUGCAAAAAUGUUUGUGGGUGAAGUUGUGGAAACAGCUAGAACAAUUAUGAAGGAGAGGAGGGAAUCUGGACCGAUUCGGCCGACGCAUCUGAGAGAAGCACAUAGGCGACUAAAGCUUGAAGGAAAAGCAUUUAAGAAAACAGUCCCGAGGCUCUUUCGGUAAUUGACCAUUUUGGAUCAUAUCAUUGGUUUGCAACAGUGACUUGCAUAUAGCAAAAGUUUUUGAUCCGGAUGUCCAGCUUAUCAAAUUAAUUGGAAUGAAAUUUUUUUCUUCUUUCUUUCUAGUCGUGUCAAAUAUCAAAAUUCAAUUCUUUUACUGUAUUAUAAUCUACUAUCUUUUCCUUCAUCAACUAGUAACCCUAGAAAGUUCUUCCAAACAACAAA